AGUAUCAGUAGUAGUAGCAGCAGCAUUAGCAGCAGUAGUAGAAGUAGUAGCAGUAGUAGUAGUACUAGUGAUAGCAGUAGCAGCAGUAGUAGCAGUAGCAGCAGUAGCAGUAGCAGCAGU